AUGCUUUGCUCCAGUAAUGCAAGUGAUGCUCUUGAUAAGCUGAGAUUUUUAAGUGUGACUGAACCUUCUUUACUUGGAGAUGCGGGUGAGCUGGAGAUUCGUAUCAAACCUGAUCCAGACAAUGGGACCAUCACUAUAACAAGUUUGACUUCUGCUUCUGUAGCUUCGUUGCCAUAUUCUCCUUCGUUUUCAGCGAAGAAUAGUAAUACCCAGAAGGUGUUGAGUUUGAGAAGUGUUUUUUUACCUAAAAAUGGACUGAGAAAUAGCUUUUCUAGAUCUGGAUUGAAGUGGAAGCUGGAAAAUAGAGAGAGCAGAUUGGUGGUUCGGUGCGAGGCUGUUGUUGCUGAGAAAGAAGCCCCUGAGGAGGCUGGUGAAACGCAUGAGUACCAAGCUGAGGUCAGUCGCUUAUUGGAUUUGAUUGUUCACAGUCUCUACAGUCACAAGGAAGUUUUUCUUCGAGAGCUUGUGAGUAAUGCAAGUGAUGCUCUUGAUAAGCUGAGAUUUUUAAGUGUGACCGAACCUUCUUUACUUGGAGAUGCGGGUGAGCUGGAGAUUCGUAUCAAACCUGAUCCAGACAAUGGGACCGUCACUAUAACGGAUACUGGUAUCGGGAUGACCAAAGAGGAGCUUAUAGAUUGUCUUGGAACUAUUGCUCAGAGUGGUACUUCAAAAUUCUUGCAGGCUCUUAAGGACAACAAGGAUCUUGGAGCAGACAAUGGCUUGAUAGGUCAAUUUGGUGUUGGUUUCUAUUCUGCAUUUCUGGUUGCAGAAAAGGUGGUAGUGUCCACGAAGAGUCCAAGGUCAGAUAAGCAAUAUGUUUGGGAAUCAGUAGCUGACAGUAGUUCUUAUGUGAUUAGGGAAGAGACAGAUCCUGAAAAGCUCCUGCGACGUGGAACACAAAUUACACUCUAUUUGAGGGGUGAGGUGGAGUUUAGAAGUGUUUUGUACAUUCCUGGAAUGGCACCUCUAAAUAACGAAGACAUUGUAAAUCCCAAAACAAAAAAUAUACGACUAUAUGUGAAGCGGGUAUUUAUUUCAGAUGAUUUUGAUGGUGAGCUGGUUGAAGAGGAGGAAGAACCCAAAGAGGGAGAAGAAAAACCAGAGGGAGAGAUCAAAAAGACAAAGAAAACCAAAACUGAGAAAUAUUGGGACUGGGAAUUAGCCAACGAAACAAAACCUAUAUGGAUGCGGAAUCCAAAAGAAGUUGAAAAAGAUCAGUACCAUGAAUUUUACAAGAAGACUUUCAAUGAAUUUUUGGAUCCAGUUUCAUACAUCCACUUCACCACAGAGGGUGAGGUGGAGUUUAGAAGUGUUUUGUACAUUCCUGGAAUGGCACCUCUAAACAACGAAGACAUUGUAAAUCCCAAAACAAAAAAUAUACGACUAUAUGUGAAGCGGGUAUUUAUUUCAGAUGAUUUUGAUGGUGAGCUGUCGGAUGACAAGUAUGAAUUCUCAGAGCCAGCCAGGAUUCAGAAUUUGGUGAAAAAUUACUCACAGUUUGUUUCCUUUCCCAUUUACACGUGGCAAGAAAAAUCAAGGACCGUUGAGGUUGAAGAGGAGGAAGAACCCAAAGAGGGAGAAGAAAAACCAGAGGGAGAGAUCAAAAAGACAAAGAAAACCAAAACUGAGAAAUAUUGGGACUGGGAAUUAGCCAACGAAACAAAACCUAUAUGGAUGCGGAAUCCAAAAGAAGUUGAAAAAGAUCAGUACCAUGAAUUUUACAAGAAGACUUUCAAUGAAUUUUUGGAUCCAGUUUCAUACAUCCACUUCACCACAGAGGGUGAGGUGGAGUUUAGAAGUGUUUUGUACAUUCCUGGAAUGGCACCUCUAAAUAACGAAGACAUUGUAAAUCCCAAAACAAAAAAUAUACGACUAUAUGUGAAGCGGGUAUUUAUUUCAGAUGAUUUUGAUGGUGAGCUGGUGAGAAUAAUGAGAAAGAGACUUGUGAGGAAAACAUUUGACAUGAUUCAAGAGCUCUCUGAAAGUGAGAAUAAAGAGGAUUACAAAAAAUUCUGGGAGAACUUUGGUAAGUUUGUAAAGUUGGGGUGCAUUGAAGAUUCUGGAAAUCACAAGCGGAUCACGCCACUAUUGCGAUUUUUCUCUUCCAAAAGCGAGGAGGAGUUGAUAAGCUUAGAUGAGUAUGUGGAAAAUAUGGGUGAGAACCAGAAGGCCAUCUAUUAUUUGGCAUCAGACAGCUUGAAAAGCGUCAAGUCUGCUCCUUUCUUGGAGAAGUUGAUCCAAAAGGAUAUUGAGGUACUGUACCUAAUUGAGCCAAUUGAUGAAGUUGCAAUUCAGAAUCUGCAGACAUAUAAAGAAAAGAAAUUUGUUGACAUUAGCAAGGAAGAUUUGGAGCUUGGUGAUGAGGAUGAGGUCAAGGAAAGGGAAACUAAGCAAGAGUACAUUCUUCUGUGUGACUGGAUAAAGCAACAACUUGGUGAUAAAGUGGCAAAAGUGCAAGUCUCGAAACGUCUAAGUUCAUCCCCGUGUGUGCUUGUUUCUGGAAAGUUUGGGUGGUCUGCUAAUAUGGAAAGAUUGAUGAGAGCACAGACCCUAGGAGACACUUCAAGCUUGGAGUUCAUGAGGGGGAGGAGAAUAUUGGAGAUUAAUCCUGAUCACCCAAUCGUCAAAGACCUCAAUGCUGCAUGCAAGAAUGCACCCGAUAGCACUGAUGCCAAGAGAGCUGUGGACCUCUUAUAUGAUACAGCAUUGAUUUCUAGUGGAUUUUCUCCUGACAGUCCUGCUGAGUUAGGGAAUAAGAUAUACGAGAUGAUGGCAAUGGCCCUUGGAGGAAGGUGGGGGAGAUUGGAGGAAGACGAGGAGGUGGAGGCACAGGAAGAUAGUUCCUCAGAAUUGAAGGAGAGCUAUACUGAAGCCUCGGAGACAGAAGUCAUCGAGCCAUCAGAAGUGAGGUCUGAGAGUGAUCCUUGGAGUGAUUGA